AUGAAGGCAUUUGCCGUUCUCGCGUUGCUAACCUCCUUGGCAGCCGCGCGGUACAUCAAUGGUGCCGACCACACACCAUUCAAGGGCGUGAACGUGAAACGUGCGGAUAACAGCUCUGCUACCGACACGACAACGCUCGAAGAUUACGAGUAUGUCAUUGUCGGUUCUGGUCCGGGAGGCGCUCCUCUAGCUGCGAGGCUCGCUAUUGCUGGACACAAGGUCCUCUUGCUUGAGGCUGGUGAUGACCAGACCAACACGACCCAAUACAACGUACCUGUUCUGCACGCAGUCGCUUCUGAGUAUGAACCCAUGAGAUGGGACUACUUCGUCAAGCACUUCGACGACGAUACAGAGAUCGAAAGAGACACCAAGGUCACCUAUGAGCUGCCCGAUGGUACUCGUUACACUGGCGCAAACCCACCCGCUGGCGCCAAACCUUUGGGGAUCCUCUACCCUCGUGUCGGAUCUCUUGGUGGUUGCUCCAGCCACAAUGCUCUCAUCACGAUCUACCCAUUCAAAAGUGACUGGAAGCACAUCCAAGACAUUACCGGCGAUGCCUCAUGGGCCCCCGACAACAUGCGGAAGUACUUCACCAAACUCGAGAGGUCGCGCUAUUUGCCUAGCAGCAUAGUAGGACACGGCUUCAAUGGCUGGCUGGAGACUUCGUUGACUCAGCUCACGUUAAUCGCCCAGGACUUCAAAGUCCUCUCUUUAGUAGUUGCUGCUGCGAGUGGCAUGGGCAAGGGCCUCAUCGGAUCGCUACUUACCACCGUUACUGGUCUUGCUCAGAUCUUGCUCCGCGACAUAAAUCACCCUGGUCCGCUGCGAGACUCUCAAGAGGGUCUUUGGCAAGUUCCUAUAGCCGUGAAGAUCCCAGAAUACAAGCGUGCUGGCCCCGUUGACUUGCUCAACGAAGUAGUCAGUGCUAGGAACGCCGAUGGCAGCCGUAAGUACCAUCUUGACAUCCAGCUCAACACCCUUGUCACCACAGUCAAGUUCGAAGAUGGUACAGACGGUAAACCUAGGGCAACUGGCGUCAAUUUCCUAACAGGCAGAUCCCUUUAUGGUGCCGAUCCUCGCCGUCAAGACGGCCGCGUCACUAGCAAAGGAACCAAGGGCUCUGUAACUGCUACUCGCGAGGUUAUUCUUUCUGCAGGCGCUUUCAACACUCCCCAAAUCCUUAAGCUCUCUGGUAUUGGUCCCAGGGAUGAGCUUGAGAACUUCGAUAUUCCGGUUGUCAAGGAGCUCCCAGGUGUUGGCUUGAACCUCCAAGAUCGCUACGAAGUCCCUAUCAUUGGCGAAGCUCCCUCCAAGCUCGCUCUUCUCAACGGUUGCACUUUCCUUGAGGGCUACGACGCCUGCCUUGAGAAAUACGAGACCCAGCCAGCAAUCAACAAAGGUGCCUAUGCCACCAACGGUGUCGCCAUCGCUAUUACGAAGAGGUCGAAGAAGACUCCUAACGGCAACGCUGAUCUUCUCAUUGCUGGCUGGCCUGUUUACUUCAACGGCUACUACCCCGGAUAUUUCAAGAACGCCACUCGUGACAGGACCCAGUGGACUUGGCUCACCCUGAAGGCCGAGUCUCGCAACAAUGCCGGUACCAUUACUCUCCGCAGCGCAGAUCCCCAAGAGGUGCCCGACAUUCGCAAGCGCAACUUCGCGGUUGGUGGCGACGAUGAUCUCAAUGCGCUUGUUGAGGGAAUCAAGUUCGGUCGUAAAGCUUUCAAGGACCUGAUUCCUCUCGACGGAAAGUUCACUGAAGUGUGGCCUGGCAAGCAGACAGCGACUGAUGCGCAAUUGAAGGAGUUCGCCAAGUACGAGUCCUGGGGUCAUCACGCUUCAUGCACAGCUCCAAUCGGUGCUGACGAUGAUGUUAACGCUGUCCUGGACGGAAACUUCAAGGUUCGCGGUGUUGAAAGUCUGCGCGUUGUCGAUGCCUCUUCCUUUCCUAAGAUCCCAGGUACCUACCUGGCCCUUCCCCUCUACAUGAUCUCUGAGAAGGCUGCCGAUGUGAUUAUUGCAGACGCAAAGGCAUAA